CUGUUAUUGGGACAAGCGAGGACAGAACACGGCAGGUCACAUGCAUGGAUGAAGAAGAAGGGAAGACUUCGACACAUCUGGACGCUACCAAAGGUUCAGUUUAAUGAGAUGAUACCCCAAGUGCAAUGCAGGUAUUGUGUGAUGUUCGUGACUUCGUAUUUCGUUCUCGGUCUGCAUAUACCAAGGCUACCUCUGGGAAUAAUACCAAGACAGUCAGACAAUGUUGUGACCGCAGCCUUUCUGUCUUUUCCCGGGUGUCGUGGCAUUAAAAUCCUCUGGCUCUUGCUCGUUCACGUGGUCUCCUUUGGCAGUCUGACUGUUCAGCAACCAUGCGGAGGUUCAGGGCGCGUUACCCUAGGGCGUCAUGAACGGAAGAGCUAAGGAAGAGUAUCCUAACCCUGAUGGAGGGAGAUCUUUCGUACAUGCUCAGCCUCGGUUCUAACUUCGCUGCUUCACUGUCGACAAACGUUCAAGCACAGACCCUAAGAAGACCCCUCCCUAGUCAGAAGAC